AUGAAUGUCGAGAUAACGCCAAACUACUCGUACAUCUUCGACUUUGAGAAUGAGUUCAUCCACCAGGACACACGCGUCUGGAUGGUGAAGAACUGGACGUACGUGUUUUACUACUGCGGCAUCUAUAUGGCGGUAAUAUUUGGCGGCCAGUACUACAUGCAAAAUAGACCUAGAUUCGAACUGCGAGGGCUGCUAGCGAUAUGGAACACACUACUGGCAAUGUUCAGCAUAAUGGGGGCCUGCCGGACAGCGCCCGAGCUGGUACACGUUCUGCGACAUUACGGUCUUUUCCAUUCCGUUUGCGUUCCAAGCUUUAUUGAACACGACCGUGUCAGUGGUUUCUGGACAUGGUUGUUCGUGCUGUCAAAGCUACCGGAACUGGGCGACACGGUGUUCAUCGUGCUGCGGAAGCAACCGCUCAUCUUCCUGCACUGGUACCACCACAUCACGGUGCUGAUGUACUCGUGGUUCUCCUACACCGAGUAUACCGCCUCCGCCCGGUGGUUCAUCGUGAUGAACUACUGCGUCCAUUCGGUCAUGUACUCGUACUACGCGCUGCGUGCCCUCAACUUUAAGCCACCGCGCUCGAUCGCGAUGCUGAUCACGACGCUGCAGCUCACGCAGAUGGUGGUGGGCUGUGCGAUCAACAUCUGGGCGCACGGUUUCCUGCAGACGGCCGGCAAAAACUCGUGCAACAUCUCCGAGAUGAACAUCAAGCUGUCGAUCGCGAUGUACUUUAGCUACUUCGUGCUGUUUGCCCGCUUCUUCUACAAGACCUACCUCUCCACGAAUGCGCGCAAGGGCAAACGGCCGAUCCAGGUGACCGCUUCGUCGACCGCCACCAACGGGCAGUACGGCAUCGAUAGCCGCAACCUGAUCGGCAAAUCGGACGUCCAGUCGCUGCUGGCCGGACAGAAUAACAACAAGAUCAAGGCACAGUAA